UCCCGCUCCCUUCCCUCGCAGUCCACGGUGAUGGUUCUCCGGAACAUGGUGGAUCCCAAGGACAUCGACGACGACCUGGAGGGGGAGGUGACGGAGGAGUGCGGGAAGUUCGGGCGGGUGAGCAGGGUCAUCAUCUACCAGGAGAAGCAGGGCGAGGAGGAGGACGCCGAGAUCAUCGUCAAGAUCUUCGUGGAGUUCUCGGAGGCGGCGGCGACCCACCAGGCCAUCCAGGCGCUCAACGGCCGCUGGUUCGCCGGCAGGAAGGUGGUGGCCGAGGUCUACGACCAGGAGAGGUUCGACAACAGCGACCUGUCGGCGUGAGCCGGGGCCGGGAACCGCCAGGCCGGGAUCGGGGCGGCCCCGAGCUCGGAUCCGGGGAUCGGCCCCGCUGGGAUCCCGGGGAUCGGCCCUGCUCGGAUCUGAUUGUGGGCCCGGCUCUGAUCCUGGGAUUAGCAGAGCUUGGAUCUGGGGGAUCAGCCUAACUCUGAUCCCAAGAAUCAACCAAGCUUGGAUCUGGGGACUGGCCCAGCUCUGAUCCCAGGAGUCGACCAAGCUCAGAUCCAAGGGACUGGCCCAGCUCUGAUCCCAGGAGUUGGCCCUGCUCAGAUCCAAGGGACUGACCCAACUCUGAUCCCAGGAGUUGGCCCUGCUCAGAUCCAAGGGACUGGCCCAGCUCUGAUCCCAGGAAUCAGCCAAACUCAGAUCCAAGGGACUGGCCCAGCUCUGAUCCCAGGAAUCAGCCAAGCUCAGAUCCAAGGGACUGGCCCAACUCUGAUCCCAGGAAAUGGCCCAGCUCUGAUCCCAGGAAUUGACCAAGCUCAGAUCCCAGGGACUGGCCCAACUCUGAUCCCAGGAAAUGGCCCAACUCUGAUCCCAGGAAUUGACCAAGCUCAGAUCCCAGGGACUGGCCCAACUCCGAUCCCAGGAAAUGGCCCAGCUCUGAUCCCAGGAGUC